GUGCCUACCCCUGCUGCUCCCCGAUUGCAGGUUCAUCCACGACUGGGUGUACAGCGGCGUGUUCAGAGACGCUUAUGGCGAGUUCAUGAUUCAGGUGAACCACGAGUACCUCAGCUUCCGAGAUAAGUCGUACUGGACACAUGGCUACGUGCUCAUCUCCAAAGAGGUGGAGGACUGUGUUCCCGUGUUUCUGAAGCACAUUGCCCACGACGUGUACGUCUGCGGGAAGACCAUUAACCUGCUGAAACUCUGCUGCCCCCGGCAUUACCUCUGUUGGUCCGACGUCCCCGUCCCCCGGAUCUCGGUGAUUUUCUCCCUCGAGGAGUUGAAGGAGAUUGAGAAGGACUGUGCUGUCUACGUCGGGCGCAUGGAGAGGGUGGCCCGCCACAGCUCUGUCAGCAAGGAGGAGAAGGUGCGUGGCACCAUGGGUCUCGGGGGCUUUCUUUGCCCCACCUCUGCUUCCUGGGGUCUCAGGUUGGUGGGGUGGACCGUGAGGGCUGUGCAAGAUGGGGGCCUUCCUUCUGGCAUUUUCUGUCCUGGCGGUGGCCGGGGUGGGUGCCAAGGGGGAGCUGAGACGAAUAUCCUGGAGCCAGAUGCCAGGCAGGGGCUCUGUUCUCUCCUCCUGGGUUUGGGUGGCUCAGCCUGAAGCCCAGGUUUUGCUGGCGUGGGAAACUAU